CGAUAACAGGUUGCCGCACUUGUAGAGUGAACAAGAAGAAGCAAAACGUUAACAAAAAGUUGAGUUUUGCGGUUUUUCUUAUUUUGAUGUUUUUAUUACACCUAAAAUGCAAAUAAAGCCAAAAAGCAGCACAGAAGUCCACCCGAUGCAGGAGCAGGAUGCAAAUCAGGCGCAGAUCACGCGGAUUGAGGAGUUCAUCAACGAGGUGCUGAAGGAGGAUCUCCGGCAGCUGGAAAAGUGCAUCGACCAGUUCAACGAGGAGAUCAUGGAGUACGUCCAGCUGAAGAACACCCUCCAGACCUUCGACACCCACCUGCCCGAGGGCUACAAGACGCAGGUCAACAUCGGGAGCAACAUAUUCAUGCAGGCGCGCGUGCGCAAAAUGGACAGCAUUCUGGUCAAUGUGGGCAAGGAUGUGUACCUGGAGAUGUCCAUUCCGGAGGCGGAACGCUUCAGCGACACCCGCGUCAAGAUCCUCACCAAGCAAUCCGACGUCCUGCGCGAGGAGAGCGUCAAGAAAAGAGCCCAAAUCAAAAUGGCCCUCAUAGCAAUCAGCGAAAGAGCCAAACUCAUUCAGGAUGUUUAGAUUGAACAGAACAAGAAUUAAGAAAAGAAGCAAUGAUAUAUUAAUGAUGUAUGUGGGGCACCUCACCUGCUGAUUGAGCUGGGCUAUGCACUGAUCCUUGAGGAGCAGCUUCUGCCUGGCCGUGAGGAUCACUUCGUCCAGGGCGCCGAUCUGGG